GUCGAGAAGGAGGAAGUGGACGGCGAACGCCUCGUCUCUGUCACCGGGGCGCACGCCCAGGUGGCAGCGGCCGCGCGCAGCAUACUGGCCGUCCUCGGCGGCGCCAGCCCGAGCGGGCCCGGGCCGGAGCCCGCGCUGCCGCCCGCCGGGGGCUUCCGAGGGCAGAAG